AAAAGUGUCACCCUUUCUCUUUUCUAACUAAAAACCUCGCCCUUCUCCUAAAACCCUGCUCUCCCUCUAUAUAUAAAUCAUGCUUCUUUUUCUUCUCUAAAAAACCAACUAUUUCCCUUCUUCCUUUCAUAUUUCACAUUUCACAUUUCUUUCAUUCAUUUGCUCGCUCUGGAGAAAUAUGGCUGGAAAAUCAAGCAAGGGAAGGAGCAGAAAAGGAACCAGUAAUCAUAAUAGCAAUAACGGUAGUAUUACGAAUGGUAAUGUUAAUAAUAAUACUGUUUCCAAUGACGUUUCAAAUUCCUUGAAGCACGUUCCUGCAAAGGAUAAUAAUGCUGCAAUAGCAAACUCGGAAAAUGAAAAUGGAAAACCUGAUUCAAUUGCGGCUGAAACUGAAUCUGCAUUUAGUUCUAAUCCUCAGAACGUGAAGGAGGAAGAAACACAUAAUUCAGAGGCACAACUAAUGCAAGGUGAGGAUAAUCUUUACGCUGUUCCUGUCAAAACACUAACUGGGGAAAAGCUUGAAGUACAUUUGAACCCGGGAGACAGCAUCAUUGAUGUAAGGCAGUUCCUUCUUGAUUCUCCAGAGAUGGGCUUCGUCACAUGUUAUGACCUGAUCUUACACACAAAAGAUGGAUCCUCUCAUCACCUGGAGGAUUAUAAUGAACUUUCGGAUGUGGCUGAUAUUACUACUGGUGGCUGCUCAUUGGAAGUGGUUCCUGCAAUGUAUGAUGAUAGAUCAAUAAGGGCUCAUGUUCACCGAACUAGAGAUGUGUUUUCUCUUUCUAAUGUCCGUGCUUCAUUCUCAUCUGUAAUUGCAAAGCAGAAUGAAACAUUACAAAACAGAGCUGCAAACUCCAGAGACUCUUCAAAAACUGAAGUUCGAGACCUUGACGGACUUGGUUUUAUGGAGGAUCCUUCUGGUUCAUUGGGUAAUUUACUACCGUCCCCAUUGAAAGAUGUCAAGUGUGUGGAGAGCAUAGUGUUUUCAUCCUUCAAUCCUCCUCCAAGCUAUAGAAGGCUUGUUGGAGACUUGAUUUAUUUGGAUGUGGUAACAUUGGAGGGUAAUGCAUUUUGUAUAACGGGAACUACAAGGGUGUUUUAUGUCAACUCAAGCACAGCAAACAAUUUUGACUGGAAGCCAAGCAAAGCUACAUGGGAAGCAACAACCCUUAUUGCUCUCUUACAAAAGAUUAGCCCCAAGUUCAAGAAAGCUUUCCGUGAAAUUUUGGAUCGAAGACGGGCAUAUCAUCAUCCCUUUGAAAAUUUGCAAUCCUUGCUGCCACCUAAUUCGUGGCUUGGGUUAUACCCAGUUCCCGAUCACACUCGUGAUCCGGCCAGGGCUGAGAAUUCAUUGACCCUUUUAUAUGGAAGUGAACCAAUGGGCAUGCAAAGGGAUUGGAACGAGGAGCUGCAAUCUUGUCGAGAAUUUCCUCAUACAACUCUUCAGGAGAGGAUGAUAAGGGAUAGAGCACGUUACAAGGUGACGUCAGACUUUGUUGAUGCAGCAACUAAUGGUGCUAUUGGAGUGAUCAACGGAUGCAUUCCUCCAAUAAACCCAAGUGACCCGGAAUGCUUUCACAUGUAUGUACACAACAAUAUAUUUUUUAGUUUUGCUGUUGAUGCCGACCUUGAGCAGCUCUCAAAGAAAUCCACAGACUCUAAUUCAAAUAUACAGAGCACAGACAUUCGGCAAGAUUCUGAAAAUGUUUCAGACUCUCAGGUUCCCAGUGGGGGAAAAAGCAACGGUUCAAGUUCCGAAGAUCUUAAUAAUGGGGUGGAAGCUGCUCAAGAGAUCUCACCUGAGGCACAGUUGGCUGAGAGUGAGCAGGCUACUUAUGCUUCAGCAAAUAAUGAUUUGAAGGGCACAAUAGCUUACCAGGAAGCUGACGUGGAUGGACUCUACAAUCUUGCUAUGGCUAUAAUUGACUACAGGGGUCACAGAGUGGUUGCUCAGAGUGUAUUACCAGGCAUUCUUCAAGGCGACAAGUCGGAGUCUCUUAAGUAUGGCUCCGUUGACAAUGGGAAGAAAAUUUGCUGGAAUGAAGAUUUUCAUUCCAAGGUAUCGGAGGCUGCCAAAUGCCUUCAUUUAAAAGAACACUCAGUCCUUGAUGGAUCUGGAAAUGCUUUCAAAUUAGCUGCACCAGUGGAAUGCAAGGGAAUUGUUGGCGGUGAUGACAGGCACUAUAUCUUAGAUUUGUUGCGGGUAACUCCUCGAGAUGCAAACUACACUGGACCUGGUUCCCGGUUUUGUAUAUUGAGAUCAGAAUUAAUUGCUGCCUUUUGCCAGGCCCAAGCAUCAGAGAAAUCAAAAUCCAAGGAGACUAAUUCUGAAGGUGCAGAUAACUUGGCCACUAAUUUUCAAAAUGAAGCUGAUGCUGACAAUAAGGAGUUAACAAAUGAGAAGACAACUGAGAAUGCCGAAGAAGUUUCAUCUGCAUCUGCUGGGGGAUAUGAUAAUUGUGAUGAAAUAGUUUUUAACCCUAAUGUUUUCACUGAAUUCAAACUAGCUGGGAGCCCAGAGGAAAUUGCUGCUGAUGAAGACAAUGUGAGGAAAGUUGGUCAAUAUCUUACUGAUGUGGUGAUUCCAAACAUUAUACAAGAUCUUUGGCAGCUUGACGUUACACCUAUGGAUGGCCAGUCAUUAACAGAAACACUUCAUGCUCGUGGAAUUAAUGUUCGGUAUAUUGGCAAAGUGGCUGAUGGGACUAAACAUCUUCCUCAUAUGUGGGAUCUUUGCACUAACGAGAUUGUUGUCAGAUCAUCCAAACAUAUUAUCAAGGAUGUAUUGAGAGACACAGAGGAUCAUGAUCUUGCUCCUGCAUUAUCUCAUUUGUUGAACUGCAUAUUUGGAAGUUGUCAAGCUCCUGCUGGGAAACCAGAUUCAAAUGGCAUACAAUCCAGGACUCCAAAAAAGGUUUUUCCAAAUAUGGUUGUUUUCCUUGUAAUAUUUAUUAACCAUUCUUUUCUUAUGAUCCCACGAUGGAAAAGCAAGGGGGGUUCAAGGAAGAGUCAACCUUUGUACACGAAAAUAAGCUCUGAAUCUCUAUGGUCUGACAUCCAAGAAUUUGCAAUGAGCAAAUACAAGUUUGAGUUACCCGAGGAUUCAAGGUCACGUGUGAAGAAAAUUUGUGUUAUACGUAAUCUUUGUCGGAAGGUUGGUAUAACUGUUGCAUCUCGUAAAUAUGAUCUUAAUUCUACAACACCCUUCCAACCAUCAGAUAUCUUGGAUCUCUGUCCAGUUGUCAGGCAUUCAGUUCCAGUUUGUUCAGAUGCCAAGAAACUUACGGAUGCAGCAAAAAGUCAUAUGUCAGCUGGAUCACUCAAUGAAGCUUACGAUCUAUUUACUGAGGCAUUUAAAAUUCUUCAACAGGUUACAGGUCCAAUGCAUUGUGAGGUUGCUACCUGCUGUCGGUAUCUUGCAAUGAUUACGUAUCAUGCUGGAGAGAUGGAUGUGGCUGUUGCACAACAGCAAAGAGAGUUGAUUAUCAAUGAGACUUGUCUUGGUCUAGAUCAUCCUGACACAGCUCACAGUUAUGCUAAUAUGGCACUCUACUAUCAUGGAUGGGAAAAAACUGAAUUUGCCCUUCCCUACAUGACUCGUGCUUUGCUCCUGUUAAGUUUAUCAUCAGGCUCUGAUCAUCCUGAUGUUGCCGCAACUUUCGUAAACGUAGCAAUGAUGUAUAAGGAAUUGAAAAAGAUGAACAUAUCUCUUCGUUAUCUACAAGAAGCUUUAAAGAAGAAUGAACGGCUUCUUGGCGAGAAACAUAUUCAAACUGCUGUUUGUUAUCAUGCUCUUGCUAUUAUAUUCAACUCUAUGGGUGCAUUCAAGCUCUCUCUGCAGCAUGAGAAGAAAACAUUUGAGAUACUUGUCAAACAACUUGGCGAAGAUGAUCCAAAAACACAGGAGUCUCUAAACUGGAUAAAUACAUUUAAGAUUCGUGAGUUACAGGCACGUCCUGAGUUUGUACAAGCAUUCCAAGCAGUUACAGAUGGGGGAUCUGGAAGUUCAGGUGCACCCACAAAUAAAUCUGUCAAUGCUGCAAUGAUUGCUGAGACCCUCCCCAGGGGAAGGGGAGUCGAUGAAAGGGCUGCACGUGCAGCUGCCAUAGCUCGGAAGAAGGCAGCAGCCAGGGGCCUGGUGGUGCGCUCUCAAGUACAAGUACAAGUACAAUCACAUCCUCCUCCGCUCACACCGCUUUUCAACAUCAUAAAUUCCGGCGUGGCUCCCGAUGUUUUGGGCAAUGGGGAUGUCAAUGGAGUAAAGAAGAAUGGCGUUCGUUCAAGUGAUCCAGCAGAUGCUACAAAAGACCAAUCAGUGCCGACGCAAAAACAAGAACAAACUCCGGCUGGACUGGGGAAAGGGUUGGCAUCGUUGGAUGCAAAGAAACAGAAAUCAAAACCAAAACCAAAGGUUGAGGCUUGAAUUUUUUGAUAAACUAAGCUUUGAUUAGUUGGCAAUAGCUACGUUUUUGAAUUUUCCUUUUUUUUUAGGGUCAUAGCCGUUGAAAACAUCUAUUGUUGGAUGUAGGUGGUUGAGAUAUAUAAGCAUAAUUGAAUUUUCUACCACAAUAAAAUUUGGAUUUGAGGAUAGGAUUAUAAUUUGCAUAUCAACAUAUUUUCUGUUAACAAAUUUAGCUGCCAGUUGAAUUGUGGCUCAUUCAUUGCAUAUUACAAAUUGAAGAUUGUGCCGCUGAUAUUGUAUGACACUGUUAUACUGUGAUCAAUAGUGGUUGAUAAAUUCUUUCUACAUAAA